CGCAUCGCGCGGCGCGACAUCAGGCGGGGCAGCAAUCGAAGAACGCAAACUGCUUCUUUUGGGCUGCCGGCGCGCGCGUGCGAAGGAUAUCUACUGGAAACAUUUACUACUGGGCGGGCUGCCGGCUGCCCAUCGAUGCGAUAGAUCUAAAAUAUGUGGCGCCGCUGGCUCAUCGCCGCGGCGCUGGCCGCCGCCAGCGACGACCUGCCGUCGAACAUGUUGACGCUACGCAACGUCUGCGUUCAAGAGACAACAAUCACGCUGCACGCGUCGACGGCCGACGCCAAGGGCCAGCUCUGCGGCCUGACGGCCUGCCACGCGCCGCAGGCGCGCGAGCGGUGCCGCGAGAACGACGACGACGCGUUCGUGGCCGGGGUCCUGGCCGAGGCGCUGCCGCGCUUCCGGGUGCGGCGGUCGAUGGAGGCCUACCCCGUCGCGACGGCGCGACGAUACGAGCGAGUGGCGCUCUUCACGCUCACGGGCAACAUCGGCCACGACCUCUACAACGGGUUGCUGGAUGUUUUUUCGUCAUCGCUGUCGCGGCGCUUCGACGCGCUGUUCGCGAACGUCAUGUGGUUCACGGGCCGGCAGAGCUGGGACGCCGCCGUCGCCCGGCCGGACACGUCCUGGUCGUUGACGGUCGUGGACGCCUUAUUUAACGAAACGCAAACACCGCUCUACUGGGCGAGCGACGCGCACAUGGUGGGGAGCCGCUUCGAGCACCUCCCUUCGAUAGGUCUCUGCGCCGACGAGUUGGUCGUGAGGGCCCAGGGGCGCCUGGCGGAGAACGUGGGCUGGGACGCCCUCCCUGCCUUGCCGCGGCUGCGGGACAAGGUGCUCGCGCGCGUCCUCACCGAUACAUCAAAGCGGGAAAAGCUCACGCUGUACACGCGCGGCGACGCGCGACGGCGGCGCUUCCAGGGCAACGUCCAGAACUUCGCGACGCGACUCGGCGCGACGAAGGUGCUAGCUAGAAUGCCGCGGGGCGACCCGCGCCAGCAGAUCGCGCUCUACGCGUCGUCGGACGUCGUCGUGGCGCCCUUCGGCUCGAACACGGCGAACAGCGUCUUCAUGCGGCCGGGAUCUACCUUCGUCGAGGUCACGCCGCUCUGCGCGUCGACCUGCGAGGAGGGCUGCCACCCCUACUCGAAGACCCUGAGCGGGAACAUGGCCGACAACUACAACAUUUCACGGGCAAACGCGUGUCUGAACUUGAUGGCCGACGGGCCGCCGCUCCAUCGCUACUCGGGCGUGAACUAUCACAUCGUGCCGACGUGCUCGGGGACGCUGCGGUGCGCCUCUGGUAAAAUGGUCGAGCCGUCCGGGCGGCCCGUCGAGAUGCGGAAGGCCUGGAAGGCGAACUUCAACGACGACUUAGAUGUGGACGCGGCCCUGCCCCGCGUGCUCGAGAUCCUGCGGGGGCGGUCUCCGCAAACGCGCGUCGCGCCGUUCACGGUGGCGUGCCCCCGAGUUAGUCAAAAUUAAUUU